CACUUUCUAAACAUAUUGACAGUUGUCUUGUCUGUCAAAAUUAGUGAAAAUCUUUAUUUAAAAUGUCAAUCCCAAAAAAUGAUAUUAAAAUAACUGUAGGAGCAACUGUUUGUGAAGAAUCGAAAUUACGAGGUGAUAUUACAAUUGGUGCGGGAUGUAUAAUACAUCCAAAAGCAACAAUUCUUGCUGAAGCCGGUCCUAUUGUAAUUGGUGAUGGAUGUUUAAUUGAAGAAUUAGCAGUAAUUAUUCACAAAUUACCAAUCGAUGCACCAAAAUUGAACGAUGGAGAAUCACCACCCAUUUUACAUAUUGGGCCAAACAAUGUGUUUGAAGUUGGUUGUGUGUGUGAAUUAUCUGAAAGUAUUGGACAAAAUAAUGUUAUAGAAUGUAAGGCUUAUGUAGGACCAAAGGUAAAAAUUACCAAUGGAUGCAUAAUUGGGGCGGCUUGUCGAAUCACUCGACCACAAACUAUUAAGGAGAACAUCAUUAUUUAUGGCGAAGAAUGUUUACAACGUGAAGGUCUCGAUAAACCUACUCCACAAACAUUGCAAAUUGACUUUUUAUCAAGAGUUUUACCAAGUUAUCAUCAUUUGAAGAGGCCUAACAGAAAAGUGAACUAAAAAAAGUGUAUCUUUAAAAUAAUUUAUGUA